AUGAAAGCUUUGGUUUCGAAUCGGAGCAUCGCCGCCCGGCUUUUCAACCACAGCACUGGAAAAUCAGGCUUCAAAGGCGCUCACGUCAUCGAUGUCCCCAGGCCCAAGAUCACAGGACAGGAGAUCCUCGUCAAAGUCAAGGCCGUCGCCCUAAACCCCAGCGACUACAAGCACAUCGACGUGAUCUCCCCCAAGAAUUGCAUCCUCGGGUGCGACUACGCCGGGGAGGUCGUCGAGGUCGGGCCGUCGGCGAAAACGUCUUGGAAGGUCGGUGACCGGGUCGCCGGCGUCGUCCACGGCGGGCUCUACCGCGAUCGCGGCGCGUUUGCCGAGUACCUCAAGACGGAGGCCGAUCUGGCCUGGAAGAUCCCUUCAGGUGUCAGCGACGAGGAGGCAACAACCUAUGGUGUUUCGGCUGUGACGGCCGUAUUGGCGCUGAACGUUCAUCUCGAUAUCCCUUGGCCCAACGAGACAAACCAGAGCCAAGAACCGAAGCGGACGAUCCUCAUCUACGGGGGUUCUACGAGCGUUGGGCUUUUUGCAAUCCAGCUUGCCAAAAGGGCCGGGUAUACCGUCGUGACCACGGCAUCGCCGCAUUCCUACGACCUAGUCAAGCGGUAUGGCGCCGACAAGGUCUUCAACUACCGAUCGGAGAGAUGGGUAAAGGAGGUCUCUUCGGCCUACCCAGACAUCACCCUUGCUCUGGACUGCAUCUCCGAGAAGGGCUCCGGCCCAUCCACCGCCCAAGUGCUCAAGGCAAAAGGCGGGAAGAUCGUGACCUUGCUGGAUCAAGGAGAGUCAAACGUCCCUGGCGUCAAAUACGACAUGAUCAUGCUCUACACCGUGUUUGGGAAAGAGUUUGCCUGGCUGCCGCCAGUGGGACCCAAGUUUCCAGUCGAUGUGGAACACCGAGCGGCCCUUGUGCGGUUUUAUGCCAGUCUGCCGCAGCUCACCGAUGUCGUUAAGCCACCCCCUAUUGAAGUGUUCGAUGGUGGAAUCGACGUCCUGCUCGAGAAAGUGGACCUUCUACGCCAAGGGAAAGUGUCUGGAACUAAAUUGGUAGUCAGGUUUUGA